AUGCCAGGAGCAUCAUCUAAUGAACAAAACAGUAACAAAAGAAAGAAUGAAUAUUUAAGUGAUGAAAGCUUCGAAACUGUAUUUGAUGAUAAAAAUGAUUCAACAUCCCUUUGUUCAUCUGAUUAUUACGAUGAUUUGGACAUUUCAUCAAUAAAACAUCCGUUAAUUUCGCCAAAAUGUGACGUUUCUUAUUCCUCGUCGUCAGAAGAAACAUUUUUUGCAUCCACAUCAACAACUGAUGCAUUUGCAUGCAUUCCUGACAAAACAAUUGAAUUAAUCUUCCAACAUUUCUCGACACAAGACGUGAAAACAGCAUCAUGUGUAUCAAUAUUUUGGUAUCAUAAAAUCGGUAAAUCGAUGAUUUGUAUGAAAAAGUUGAAGUUAAAGCUUGAUUUAGAAAAUUCAAUGCUUAUACUUAUGAAAAGUUCCAGAAAUUAUGCAAACAUUCAAAUUGACGCAAGUUGCAAUCCAACAAAUUGCAAUCUUUUUAAUUCGAUCGUAAGAAAAUUUGCAUCAUCAUUAACAAACCUUGAGGUCACAAAAGUUGGAGGCUUCAAUACAAUAUUGAACGAAAUCCUUUUACUGACUCGUCUUGAAUGCUUAAAAUUGAAUAUCAUUUGUGGACGUAUAACUGGAGAAUUUCUAAGCGGUGUUUGUACAUUAAAAAUACUCUCGGUCAAUGGACUUGACCCAUCAGGAUUGAAAAUGUGUUUGGAACAAAAUCCCGAAUUUGAAGAUCUUACAUUGUAUGAAAACUCGUUUAUCUCAUAUUUUAGUCAAGACUUUACGAAUGCAAUUCCGUUUAAUCUCAAGAAACUUUCGGUUUUGGAUCAUUUCAAUACAAAGUAUUGUCUUGCUGGAGAAUUUCCUGCAGAACGAUGGAAUUCAGUGUCACGUUACUAUUUUUACAAAUUUUUGACGUUUCAAGCUACAACUUUACAUUCACUUCAUUUGGACAAUUGUCAUGUUGAUGACUUAAACAAAAUAUUGAAAUUGUUAACUUUGAAAACUUUAGAAAUUAAUUGGAUGGUUGGAGAUCUACAAAAAGUGUCUUUGGAAAAAAACUUUACAGUCAUUAACUUCAUUGCUAGUAGUAGAAUUUCUACUUUUCUCCUCGAAUCAAUCGUUGAAAACUUAAAAAAUAUGAAAACAAUGUUCAUAAAUCGCAUCAGUACUCACCAAUUUCUUUACAUUCUUAGAAAGUCUUAUCAACUUAAAAGCUUUCAUUACUUUUGGGCUUACAAAAUCAGAAAACCUCGGGGAAAUUUUAUUAAUUUAUCAACAAUUUUCCGUCAUGAAUUGUUCAGAGCUUGUAAAUUUAAUGAACUAAUUAAUUUCGAAGUUUCAAUUAACAUCACGACUAAAGAAGAAUUCUUAAAGUUAAUUGAGUGA